ACACAUUGGGCUCCUGCUCAACAAUUCUCCAGGUGACCCCCAGCCAUGAAGACAUUUGUCCUCCUCUCUGCCCUUGUCCUGCUGGCCUUCCAGGCCCAGGCUGAUCCUAUCCACAAAACAGAUGAAGAGACUAAUACUGAGGAGCAGCCAGGGGAAGAGGACCAGGCUGUGUCUAUCUCCUUUGGAGGCCAAGAAGGGUCUGCUCUUCAUGAAGAAUUGUCAAAAAAGCUGAUAUGCUAUUGUAGAAUAAGAGGCUGCAAAAGAAGAGAACGCGUUUUUGGGACCUGCAGAAAUCUUUUUUUAACUUUCGUAUUCUGCUGCAGCUGAAUAUGCAGAUGACAAAGAUAUGACAACCAUCGGCUCUGAGGCCACUGAUGCUGGGGCCUGAUGAUCACUUCUCAAUAAAUUGUUUGCAAUAUGC